AUGCCAAGAAAAUUUGUGGAGAAAUAUGGAAAAAGUCUACCAAAAGAAACAUGUCUAAAGACUCCAAAUGGUGGAAAAUGGAAAUUAAAUUUGGUAAAAAGUGAUGGCAAGAUAUGGUUUGAAAAGGGUUGGAAACAAUUUGCAGAGCAUCACUCUCUAGCUCAUGGCCAUCUUCUUCUUUUCAGAUAUGAAAAAACUUCCAAUUUUGAGGUACAUAUUUUUGAAAAGAGUGCCUUGGAGACAAAUUACCCUUCCAAAAGAGUUGAAGCUAAAACGAUCUCCAAUGAUCAAGGAAAUGAAUCUCUAAAUGGUGAAAAUUGUAGAGCAGCUCAAAAGAGAAAAGCUAAUUCCUUUGAAUUUGGAAGUAGUAGUUGUGUUAAAGUUGGGAAAUCACAAAAGAAAUCCAAAGGAAAACAAGUGAUUACUGCUGCUGAAAAAGUUACAACUCUUGAAAGAGCAAAAUCUUUCAAAAUAAGAAAUCCAUCCUUUGUUGUUGUCAUGCGUGCAUCAUACGUUGAACAUAAAUUUUUAAUGAAUAUACCACGUAAGUUUGGUAAUAGACACUUUGAUUUGGAUAAGAAGAGAGGAGAUAUUCAUUUUCAGGUGUUAAAUGAAGGAGUUUGGCCUACAAGGUUUUCUAUCAGGAAGUCCAGAACAGGACUACAGUUUGAAAUCACAGGUGGAUGGAAGGCAUUUGCAGAGGACAAUAAGUUGAAAGUUGGCGAUGUUUGCAAAUUUGAGCUCAUCUCUUGCACUAUACUUACCUUCAUUGUUCAUAUCUUUAGAGAGACAGACAAUGACAACACAAAUUGUUCAGCAUCUCAAAAAUUUUCCCAAGUGAAAGAAGAAGCUUCUCAAGGAUAAAGAAAAGGAAUGGAAAUCUUUACUACAAUCUCUACUAGUCUACUUCCUGUAACUAAGAAGUUCAACUUUUAUUUUGGAUUUGUAGACAUUACUUUAUGUUAUU